AUGAUCCUGCGCCCCGAUGAGGCCAGUUCAGAUUCGCCAGCAGAUGAAAACGACGGGUAUCCAGAUGGGGGUUCAUUGGCGUGGCGGCAAGUGCUCGCGGGGCACUUGAUAAGUGCCAUCGCGUGCGGCUACGGUGCCUCAUUCGGCAUAUACCAGCUCUACUACACCACCACCCUGGGCCUCCCAGCCGCGCAAGUCUCCUGGAUAGGCUCUGUGCAGAUUUUUCUGAACAGCUUUGUCUGCAUUUUCAGUGGGCGGCUGAGUGACGCCGGCUACGAGCGCGAGACUGUCCUGGCAGGGUCAAUGUUGAUGCUUCUCGGGACGUUCACGACGAGCCUCGCAACCGAGUACUGGCAAAUUUUCAUGGCGCAAGGUGUCUGCACGGGCCUGGGACUGGGACUCAUGUGGAUGCCGUCCAUAUCGGUCAUCAGCUCGUACUUCAAGUACAGACGGUCCCUGGCUUUGACGAUUGCUUCAGCGGGGACGGGCACGGGAAGUCUGGUGUUUCCGGCCACGGUGCAAUAUCUGGUGCCCAGGAUCGGGUUUGCCUGGGCGGUACGGUGUUCAGGUUUUGUUGCAUUGGCGAUGGUGAUUCCGAUGAAUCUGCUCUUGAAGCCGCGUCGCAUGGCUCGGAAGAAGGGUGCCGUGGUGGAAUGGGCGGCGUUCAAGGAGAUGCCAUACGUGCUCUUCACAGCCGGGACAUUCUUAUUUUACUGGGCUCUGUAUUUCGGGUUUUUCUACAUCAAUACCUUCGCCAUGACACUGCCAUCCAACGCCUUCACAGCCACGUCAACCGUCAACCUCCUCCUGCUCACUAACGCCCUCUCCACCCCCGCUCGCGUCUUCGUCGGCUACGUCGCCGACUUCCUCAUCGGGCCCUUAAACGCCUACAUCCUGGCUGUCGCCUCCUUCGCCCUCACGCUCUACUCCUGGACCUUCGUCGGGACCAAACUGGACAUGUAUAUCUGGGCCGCCGCGUUCGGGCUCACCAACGGCGCGGCACAGGGUGCCUUUGUGGGUGCGCUGGCCAGCUUGACCAAGGAUCCCCGGAAGAUGGGCUCCAGGUUCGGCAUGGUCUGCACCGUCAUGGCAUUUGCGACACUGGCGGGGCCGCCGACAGCGGGAGCGAUCAUAGAUGGGAGUGGCGGGAGGUACGAAUGGGCGCAGGUUUGGGGCGGGAGUGUGGAGGUAGGGGCGGCGGUUGUGUUGGGGCUAGCGAGAUGGUGGGUUCAGGGGCGAAUGUGGGCUUUGGCUUAA